GCACAGAAUUUGGCAGGCUUGCAAAAUCACCUUCGUGAAAGCCCUGAGGAUUGGCAACUAACCAAUAACUGCAGUGGAAGCAAUAAGGGUUUUUUAUUGUUUAUUUGUUAUUGUUUUCCUUCUUCUGUUUUUGAAGGAAGCAAGCAAAAAAAAUGUACAAAUGCCAAUCAAGAAAUACUGCAAAAUAAAAUGGACCCCCUUCAGCAGCUAAGGUAUGGCACAGGACUGCAGUGAGGCUCUGGCAGUGUUUUCAAAGCCUUCAGAGGCGUCGGUUACAAACGUUUUGCAGCUCCUCUGCUGACCAAGGAGUGUUACGGAGCCACAGUCUUCCCUUUCCUUAUAAAACUGUCAGGCACAAAUGGGCAGAAGGAUAUUGGCUGCAAGGGACUCAGAAGCUCCUCCCAGAGACUGGAUCCUGAUAUUUUUGGAGGAUUUCUUUUAACUCAGUUACAAACCUUGGUGAAGGAAACAAGUUUCCACAGCACCAUAGCAGAGGGAGAAAGCUCUGCUUCCAAGGGAGAGCCUAGCUCUCUUCUUCUUGCUCUUUUACCUUCCUCGAGCUACCUUGGAUGUGCUUAUUCAUCUCACUUGUGGAGGAAAACUGCACGGUGUGGCUGGAAGCAAUGCUGACACUCUGGAUGUUGCUCUUCCUAGGAAAGCCGGGAGUGUAAAGGGAUAGAGAAGACAAUGAGGGAACAAACGAUUCGAUGAAACAACAAAUCCUUAACAUUAUUAUUGGGGGGGGGGGGGGGUUUCUCCCUGAGAAUUGAUGGUGCUUCUGGGCUCGGUGUUUUUUUGGAGGGGAGAAAAAGGCUGAAUUCAGCGCAGAGCUAUCUCUCCAGCGGGCGAGUGGUACUGGAUUGAACCUUCCCUUGCGGAUGUAAAGUGGGAAUUUGGAGGAAAUUCUCCUGGUUAUCACAAAAAAACCCAACCAACCCCAAACCCCCGAACCAUCAUGAAUUCUGUGGCUGGGAAUAAAGAGAGAAUUGCAGUCACAACCCGCAGCAGGAAAUACGGGGACCUGGCUUUCUCCUCAGUAAUUCAUGACAAACUCCAAGUUCCCAAUACUAUUCGGAAGGCGUGGAAUGAGAGGGACAAUAGAUGCGAUGUUUGUGCUACCCACCUGAACCAGCUGAAGCAGGAAGCCAUUCAGAUGGUGCUGACACUCGAGCAGACUGCCAACACUGAACCCUAUGAUGCCUCUCCGGGCUCUCCUCCACCCAUCUCCAAUAUUCCCACCUUAGUGGGUUCCCGACACAUGGGCAGCCUGCAGCCCAGAGAUUGGGCAUAUGUGCCUACUCCCUAUGCUACAUCUAAUUACACAAACUUUGUUGCCAAUAAGCACAGUGGGAAACCCAAUAGCCUUGGAAUCAUCAAUGGGGUAGAGAAGAAAAAUGGUUCCCCUGGACACCAAGCCAAGGUCAGCCUGCAAAUGGCCACCAGCCCCAGCAAUGGCAACAUCCUGAACUCAGUGGCUAUCCAAGCUCACCAAUACCUUGAUGGCACCUGGUCCUUGUCACGAACAAAUGGGGUCACUUUGUAUCCCUACCAGAUGAUAUGCUGGUGCGAGGUGAGGAGGAAAUAGCCAGAGGCUGAUAUAAUUUUGAAAUGUGAUUCCAUAGUGCCAUCAUAUAAAACCAUUACCUUCUUCUCUAUAAAGGGUUUCUGAAGGCCAUUGAAAUGUGAUGUCUGAUCCUUUGCUGGGAUAAUUCUCUUUAAAUCAACAGAUUUAAGGGGGGAAAAAAGAGUUUGGCCAGUUAUCCUUUUGUAGUAAAUUGUGCUGUACUUGCUGCUAAAAUAAAAGUUAAAAGCUGA